AUGUCUGACGUGCUUAAGGACAAAGGUAAUCUUGCCCUUAAGGAAGGCGAUUACAAGUCUGCAGUCGGUUUUUACUCUCAAGGAAUAAAUGCUGACCCCGAAAAUCACGUGCUUUACAGUAAUCGUUCCGUAGCCUAUUUUAAGUCUGGCGACUACUCCAAAGCCUUAUCGGAUGCUGAUGAAUGCGUUAGGCUCAAUGUCAACUGGUCUAAGGGUCACUCAAGGCGCGCAUCUGCCUUAGAAGCAUUGUCAAGAUACCAGGAGGCUCAUGAAGCUUAUUCUCAAGCUCUAAAGCUAGAUCCAGGCAACGAGCAAUUGAGCUAUAACCUGGAGCUUGUGUCAUCUAAGUUUGCCGCACAAUCCUUAAAGGAAAAACUUGCUUUUGACCCCAAGCUAAGAGGAAAGAUGUCUGACCCUGACUUUGCCAGUAAGAUUAAAUUCCUCGAGGAAAACCCUAUGCUUCUCGCUAGCCUUUCCCAAAAUGACUAUGACAUGAAAAAUUUACUUCAUACACUGGGUAUGGACGAUGCCGAUAAUGGUGCUAGCGAAGAGGAUACCGUCUUAAACAAGGGCAAACAGAAGACUCCUGAACCGCGGUCAGUUCUUUCCGACGAACAAGAAGAGUCCUUGAAAGCAAAAGAGCUUGGGAACGCUGCCUACAAAAGACGAGAUUUUGAGCUUGCUCUACAACACUAUGAUAAGGCUAUCGAAAUUGAUUCGUCUAAUAUGAACUUUUAUCUAAAUAAAUCCGCAGUCUACUUUGAGCUGGGUGAGUAUCCCAAAUGCGUCGAGUUAUGUGAAAAGGCUGUUGAAGUUGGAAGAGAGCAGAGGGCAGAUUACAAACUCAUCGCGAAAGCCUAUGCAAGGGCGGGUUCUUGCUUCGAAAAGACUGCUGAUCUUGUGAACGCAAAAAAAUACUAUGACAAGUCCCUCUCCGAAUUUCGCGCCCAGGAUAUAAUCAAAAAGGCCCAACGGAUAGAUAAGGAGUUAAAAGAGCAAGAAAGGCUUGCAUACAUUAGUCCAGAACUUUCGGAAAUUGAAAAAAAUAAAGGAAACUCUGCAUUUACUAGAGGGGAUUGGCCUGGAGCUCUCAAGCAUUACAGCGAGGCUAUACGCCGAAACCCCAGUGACCCAAAGAUUUACAGUAACCGGGCUGCCUGUUAUACCAAGCUAAUGGAAUUUCCAAUGGCUCUUAAAGAUUGCGACAAAUGCAUCGAACUUGCGCCGGAAUUUAUCAAAGGAUAUCUUCGCAAGGCUGCGUGUCUUGUUGCCAUGAAAGACUUUGGUGCAGCCAGGAAGGCGUACAGGAAGGCCCUUGAGCUUGAACCGAAUUGUGAAGAGGCCCGUGAAGGUCUAUUUCAAUGCUUCUCUUCAGACACCGACCCGGCGUCAGUUCGUGAGCGAGCAAUGAAUGAUCCCGAAGUGGCAUCUAUUUUAUCGGAUCCAGCUAUGCGGAUGAUACUAAGUCAAAUGGAGGACCCCGCAGCACUCAGAGAACACUUGAAAAACCCUGAUAUAGCCUCUAAAUUGAUCAAGCUUAUUGAUGCUGGAUUGAUUUCUCUUCGCUAA